UAUUUACGUACAUUCUCUAGAAAUUCGAGGUUGUCGAUAUAGUAUUCUGAUACCAACCUUUGAUCUAAAAUUCUAGUCAGCUUUUGACUAGCACAGCACAAAUCAAAAAGAUCAUACAUAGGUACUUGAAGUUUGAAAGAGAUUUGAGUUAGGAAAGUUCCUAGUAUCUGUAAAUAAUUUACCUUCAAACCCUCAAGUUUCCAUCAGAAGAAAAGAAAGAUGUCACCCCUUUCCAAAUUCGACGGGUUAGAACUCCCUGCUGCGGCAGAUUUUCACGUACAUCUACGAGAUGGAAAGAUGAUGGAGACAGUUGUUCCAACCAUUAAGUUGGGAGGAGUGGAUACCGUCUAUGUAAUGCCCAAUCUCGUUCCACCCGUUACUACUGUGGCUGCAGCUCUGGCCUAUAAAGAACGUCUUCUUGCCAUCGAGCCAAAUGUCAAUUAUCUCAUGACUCUUUAUUUACACGAGAGUAUUACCCCUGAAACUGUUCGAGAGGCUAAGAAGGCGGGAAUUGUGGGAAUUAAAAGUUAUCCAGCUGGCGUAACAACCAAUUCCUCCUCAGGCGUCAUCUCCUACGAACCUUUCUACCCCGUCUUCGCCGCCAUGGCUGAAGAAGGACUCGUCCUCAAUCUCCACGGUGAAUGUCCCUCUGACCACAAAAAAGACAUCACCAUCCUCAACGCCGAAGCUUCUUUCCUCCCCACCCUCCUCUCUCUCCACCGCCAAUUCCCCACCCUCAAAAUCGUCCUCGAACACUGCACCACCGCCGCCGCCAUCCAAACCGUCAAACAAUGCGGUCCCAACGUCGUCGGAACAAUCACCGCUCAUCACCUCUUCCUCACCAUCGACCAAUGGGCCGACGACGCUUUCCACUUCUGCAAACCGGUGGCGAAAUUACCCAGCGAUCGGACCGCGUUGCUCGUCGCAGCAGUCGAGGAUUCCGAGAAAUUCUUCCUCGGCACCGAUAGCGCACCCCAUGAUAUCGGCGCCAAGAAGGGCGGAACGGGAAAGACGGCCGCGGGAGUGUUUACGCAGGCGCAUGCGGUGGGUCAUGUGAUUACGGCGUUGGAAAGGGGGGUGGAGAUGGGGGUUUUGAGGGAGGAGGAUGUGACGAGGGAGAUUUUGGAGGGAUUUUUGGGGAAGAGAGGAAGGAAGUUUUAUGGGAUUGCGGAGGCGGGGACGGGAGAGGGACAGAGAAUUGUGUUGAGGAAUGGAGAGGAGAUUGUGAGAGCGAGUUUUAAGGGGGAGGGAGUGGAGGUUGUGCCGUUUUGGAGGGGUCAGAAGAUUUGGAGUGUGCAGUGGAAGUAG